AUGGAGAUAGCCUCAAUACUGGCACAGAUGCUAUAAUAGCACAGAUACAAAGAUGAGUCCUCUAUCAAUCUCUAUGGCUAAAACAGUCACCAGUACAGUUGCAUUUGUUUAAAAUGGCUUUUUAUUAUAAAUAAUCUGCUAUUGUGAACUGAGUGUUGGGACUCGAAAACAUUUAACAGUACUGUAAAAAGUUCGAGACUUCUUGGGUCACAUGAGUGGAAACAGAGGCUAGUCCGCCAUCAGUGUUGAGCCAGCCAGUUAACGUUAGCUAACUCUUAUUGAAGCCAAACAAUUGACAGCUUGAAAAAAAGCUUUUAACUAUCACAGUCCUUGGAUGUGUUCUUCAAAACUUGCCAACGGUAAGGUAAUUAAGUGUCUGAAGGUUUAGCUAGCUAACGUUUGCUAAAUCGUUUUCAGCAUGCUUAAUAGCUAUAGUAGCUAGGCUACUUAGCAUAACAAAGCUAGCUCAAUAUUGAUUGUCAUCCAACUUCAGCCUGUUGUGAGGGCGUUGCGCCCUAUUUUAUUUUAAGUUCGUUACAAACAAUAUUUCACCGUGAUUUUUUUUCUUCUUCCGUGUCAUAAUUACCUAGCUAUUUAGCUAACGUUAGUUAUACAACACUAACUAACAUUAGCUAGCCAACUAGUUGGCAAUUUAAUAACUACUGUUAGCAAACAGUAGCUAUGACAUGUCAGUUGAACUGUAUCGGUAUGUUUUGUAAAAAUGCUGGUAAUACAGACAGCUGUGCAGUCACUGUACUGAAUGUUUAUGUUACGUAGCUAUACUUGAAGGUUCAGUCAACACAUUGCUUGCUAAAUAUUUCAUUCCAGCUGUUUGAACGUUGACUAUGCUUCACAUUAUAAAGACCCACACGAAACAGACACACGUGACUAAGAACCCGGCCAUUGUCUGUAGCACAUGAUCCGGGCCAGCUGAGACCGAGGGAGGCUUCAAUAAUUCACGGGUUUCAGAAUAUCUACACUGAGCAGUAAAGGUUCCUAUUCUCCAGAGGAAGAGUCCCACGUGCCGUUUAAGAGCCAUGACCGCCAAGUCAUCCCUGCUGAAAGUCAUCCUGCUGGGAGACGGAGGAGUGGGGAAGAGCUCCCUCAUGAACCGCUACGUCACCAACAAGUUUGACACACACCUCUUCCACACCAUUGGCGUGGAGUUCCUCAACAAGGACCUGGAAGUGGACAGCCGUCUGGUCACCAUGCAGAUCUGGGACACGGCUGGACAGGAGCGUUUCCGCAGCCUCAGGACUCCCUUCUACCGCGGCUCCGACUGCUGCCUGCUUACCUUCAGCGUGGAUGACAACCAGAGCUUCCACAACCUGGCCAACUGGAAGAAGGAGUUCAUCUACUACGCUGACGUCAAGGAGCCCGAGAAGUUCCCCUUCGUGGUGCUGGGGAACAAGGUGGAUGUGACGGAGAGGCAGGUGUCUGCUGAGGAUGCUCAACAGUGGUGUCGAGAUAACGGCAAUCACCCUUACUAUGAGACCAGUGCCAAGGAUUCCACCAACGUAGCUAUAGCCUUUGAGGAGGCGGUGCGGAAUGUGCUAGCCAUGGAGGAGAGGGCAGACCACCUCAUCCCCACAGACACAGUUAACCUCCACAGAAAGCCCCGCUCCAGUGCUUCCUGCUGUUGAUCUAAUGUAGGGCCUACAACCUAUAAAGAACUGGAGCUAGGAAGACACACAGGCUUAUCAACACUCAUGCUCUCUCAAAUAGCAUGUGCAAGCACUGGCUAGUGUCUGUGGAUGAUAAUCCACUGGGCUUGUUGGUCUCUGGACUCAUUGAUGUGAAGAGGGUACUGAAGAAUGGUGUUAUUUGUCAGAUUCCAAGAAAUGCAUUAUAAUUUCAAUCCCUGCCGUAUUUGAAUUAUAUAGUCUUAAAACAUAUUACAACAAUGUGGUUGCCAGAAAUAUAUUUAUAAAGUUUAAUUUCCAAAUCAUGUUACACACUAAGUUCCUUUUUUUUAUUUUGUUGAAGAAAUGGUUUCGUACACUGUGACUGAAACAAAUGUGCUGCCUUACCAGUGAAAAUAUAUUUGAUUGCAUUCAAAUUGUAUUCAGGACCUUAUCCAGAGAUAUGACCCCAAAUGUGAUACUUUAAAAGCAAGUCACUUUAAUCGACUGACCUGAAUGGGAUUAGAAUAUACAUAAUAUAUUCAUAUUUAUAACAACAAAUGUUGAUAGAUUAAUUUAUGCAGUAUUUUUAUUUGAUUAAGAUCAAGGUUUACUGUCACUACUUUAUUGUAGAGGGAGAAAUGUAAGCAGAAAUGAAGGCUUAUGAUUUCUUACUGUUUAUUAUAGGUGCUGAGAAUUCUAUACAACUUGCUGGCCUUGCAAUAUUUGUUCUCAACAUACCGUAAUUAAUGAGUUAUCAUUAUGUAAUGGACUACAUGUUUUAACACCUGCACAGAAGGAUAAGAGAUGAGGAAUGUUCAAUAAAUAGUUGUUGGUAUCCUGUGUGUAUGUACUGCAUGACAUUUUAUGCUCACUACCACUAAUAGUUUGUAAAGAAUUUAGUUUUUUUUUUUUUAUCAUACCAGAAUUUCAGUGAUCCAAUAUCUUGGAUAAUUGUAAUCAAGAUGGGUGAUAAUUAGGUGGAUAUGAUUGAACAAGGUAAUAUACUGUAUGUACCUCAAAUCAAAUUGUAUUUGUCACAUGCUUUGUAAACAGUGAAAGUUAAGUUCCUAACAAUGCUGGUUAAAUCUGAGUAACAAUAACUUGGCUAUAUACACGGGGUACCAGUACUGAGUCGAUGUGCAGGGGUACAAGGUAGAUAUGUACAUACAGGUAGGGGUAAAGUGACUAGGCAACAGGAUAGAUCAAACAUUAGCAGCACUGUAUGUAAUGAGUCAAGAGUUAGUGCAGCUGUAGAACUGAAGGCCCAUGCCAAAUCUUUUCAGCCUCUUGGGGGGAAUGAGGUGUUGUCGUGCUUUCACCACACACACCGGUGUUGGUGUGUGUGGACCAUGUUCAUUCCUUAGUGAUGUGGACACCAAAGAACUUGAAGCUCUCGACCCGCUCCACUACAGCCCCGUCGAUGUGGAUGGGGGCGUGCUCAGCCCUCCAUUUCCUGUAGUCCACGAUCAGAUCCUUUGUCUUUCUGACAUUGGAGGAGAGGUUUUUGUGCUGGCACCAUACUACCAGGUCACUGACCUCUUUUAUAGGCAGUCUCAUCAUCGUCAGUUAUCAGGCCUACCACCGUCAUGUCAUCAGCAAAACCCACUGCCAGUUUUUCUAUGGACAUCUAAUCUUACAUGCAUUUUAUUUACAUUUAUGGAGCUCAAUUUCAUUUUCUUCCUUGCUAGUAUAGUUUUGAUACUAAGACUUUGGAUUUCAACUGUUGAUUUUACAGUAUUGUCCAUUAUCACAAUUUCCUCAUUGAUAUUUCGUCUAAUUCAGGUAGAGUGCUGAGAACACUUUCAUAUUAUUUAGCUACAGCAGUGUUGUCCAGAAUUAUUGGAAUGCAAGUUGAAUGGAAAAUGUUAUUUGAAUAAACUCUCCAUGACUGAAUCAUUU